GCCGAGCGCGGCAUCACCGCGGCAGUGUUCGGUUUCCGGCUUUUCACAUCGGUCGACUAUUGCUGCCGCUGCUGCCGUCGCCGCCGUCGCCGCUACUGUAAGCUGCUAUCCGUGUAGUAGCGCGCGAACGAUUCGUGUACCGCGAUCGUCUUCCGUUUGAUUGAUUUUUUUUUCUCUCGCGUUCCGUGCCGCCAUCGUCGUUCGUUGAUAAUUCGCGAGAUACGCGCUUAAAACGGUACGUGGAAUAAAACGCCCUAGUGCGCGGUCGCCGAAAAACAUUAAUAUAUAUAUCCACGUCGCGCGGCCACUGCCCCUUGAACGGUUAUACGCGCACGUGCGUCGCAAAACCGUUUCGUACAAAUCACGCGCAUGAUAAUCCGUGUCGGCUCGUCAUCGUCGUCGCUGCUGCCGCCGUCGCACCCGCAGCACCGGCAGAGGAUCGUCGUGGCCGGCGUCCGCGGGCAGUAAGACGACGUCGGGGCGGGCUGCAGCAGCACCACCAUCAUCACCGCCAGCACGUGCUGACCGGCGUACGGCCGCCGCGCAUUGAUCGUUCCCGGCACCGGUUGACCACAGCCAUCACGACGCCAGUGGGCCAGGACGCCGCCGGGGCGGUGCAUCAGCCGCCUUAUGCCAGGGGUUGCCGGAUCCGCACGACGGCCGUCGGCGGUCCGCAGCACCACGGUGCCCACAUGGCCACCUCGUCGCUGGCCACCACGUUCGGGCUGCAGUUCUACCCGGACGAGACGACCACCACCGGCGGAAGCGUCGGCAGCGGUGGCGCGGUCGAUCCGCUCGCCGCCAGGCCACCGGUGGCCGGACUGCCCGUACAGUCCUCCAACACCACCGGAAACUCGGCCGUGGCCGGCGGCCAGCAACAACCCAUGUACGCGACAUCUGCGAAUCGCAGCACGUCACCGCUGAACCCGCAAAACCAUUUGGCCCACCCGUUCCACAUGUCUUUUCCAGUCACCCAGACCCACAACAUAGGCAGAGGUGGAGGCCGGUGCAGCAGUCUGAUGAUGAGUUGCGCGGGUUGCGACAAACCCAUUAUGGAUAAGUUCCUUUUGAAUGUGCUGGACAGGGCGUGGCACGCGGAAUGCGUGAAAUGCGUCGACUGCCACGGCACGCUGUCCGACAAAUGCUACAGCAGGGACGGCAAGAUACUGUGCAAGCCCGACUUUUACAGGCGGUACGGCAAAAAGUGCAAUGGUUGUGCCCAGGGAAUAUCGCCUACUGAUCUGGUGCGGAAAGCCCGGGACAAAGUUUUUCACCUCAACUGUUUUACGUGCAUGAUAUGCCGGAAACAGUUGUCUACCGGCGAGGAGCUUUACGUGCUGGAAGACAACAAAUUCAUAUGCAAAGACGAUUACAUAUCUGGCAAGAAUGGGCAAGGUAUUGACUCGUUGCCGUACUCGGGAUCAGAAGACGAAGAGGACGACGAGACCACAUCGACCAGCAUAUCGUCCACCAAACACCAUCUGAUCUCAGGGCUCCACGGAACGGGCCCCGGAUCGAUAUUGCCGCCGACCACGCCGGAAGCCAACAAUAACUCGCUGUCGGCCGGCGAUCUGCAAGCACCUCAUUCGGGCCUAGACCUAAAAGAAGAUUCUGAGGACCAAGGUUCUUUGGACGGCGACCCAGAGACCAGGGACAGUCAGACGGAGAACAAAUCGCCGGAUGACGGCAAUUCCGGAUCCAAGAGACGAGGUCCCAGAACUACCAUCAAGGCCAAACAACUAGAAAUACUGAAAACGGCCUUUUCGCAAACGCCCAAACCUACCAGGCACAUCCGCGAACAAUUAGCUAAAGAGACCAGCCUGCCCAUGAGAGUCAUUCAGGUGUGGUUCCAAAACAAGAGGAGCAAAGAGCGGCGGCUGAAACAGCUGACGUCAAUGGGCCGAGGACCGUUCUACGGGGGCGCGCGGAAAAUGCGCGGUUUCCCGCUGAACAUGAGUCCCGGGUCCCUGGACGACCAGCAACCCGGUUUCCCGUACUUCGCCGGUUCGGCUGAGGUCAAAUUCGAGUUCGGUUACGGGCCCGGUUCGUUCCAUCCGGACUUCUUCGGUCAUCACGGCGGUACCCACGUGGGUGCCGGUCCCGGAGGCCCCUUCGGACACCCAGGUGGCAUGGAUUCCAACCCGAUGUCCGGAAUGGGGCCGGAUUAUCCGGGCAUGGGUCAAGACGCUCCGCCCGGCUUCAUUGCGCAGCAACAGCAGGCCAACGACCAGCAGCUCGUGUCCCAAAGGCCGGGUAGUCCGUCGGAAUUCAUGGGCUCCCAAGGUGGCAGUAGCAGUGGGUUUUCGGACGCGCCUAACUUGCAAAACGAAGGCCUCGUCUGGUGAAAUUACUCCCAUAUCGAUCGUCCGAGCUAUCGCCACAGAUUCCAGCGACUUGUGCCCUAAACACUCGCAACACAAAACAGAAUGCCGUACGAAAUCGACCGGAGGUAAACUUUUUUAAAGAACCGUGCCAUAAUGUUAUUAAUAUUAUUAUUAUAAUUAUCGUAUUAUCAUACAUACCUACGUAUAUGUUAUUAUUAUUAUUAUUAUUAUUAUUAUAUAUAUACAAUCGGCGAUAACAUCACUAUACGCCCGACGGUAAAAAAAUAUUUAUUAAAUGAAAAAAUUGAAAAAAAAAAAACUAAAAAUCGCGGCAUU